GAGGUGGUGUUCAGCAGCCCGGUGCCGGUCUGCUCUGAGAACCGGCUGCGCUGGGACCUGAGCCCGGAGCAGAUCCAGCAGCUCUCAGAGGAGCUCAUCUCCAACACCAAGAAGGUGUACGACUGCGUGGGCAGCCUGGAGCUGGACAGCGUGAGCCUGGACAACACCCUGAAGGCGCUGGCUGAUGUGGAGGUGGAGUACACAGUCCAGAGGAACAUGCUGGACUUCCCGCAGCACGUCUCUCCCUGUAAGGAGGUGCGGGCGGCCAGCACCGAGGCCGACAAGCGUCUGUCCGAGUUCGACGUGGAGAUGAGCAUGAGGGAGGACGUCUACCAGCGCAUCGUCGCUCUGGAGAAGAAGAUGGACUCUGAGCAGCUCUCUCCGGAGGCGAAGCGCUACAUGGAGCGGCUCAUCAAACUGGGGAGGAGGAACGGCCUCCACCUGCCCAAAGAGAACCAGGAGGAAAUCAAGAACAUCAAGAAGAAACUCAGCAACCUGAGCAUCGACUUCAGCAAGAACCUGAAUGAGGACACCACCAGCCUGUCCUUCUCCCGGGAGGAGCUGGGUGAGCCAGCGCUGAGCUCCAGC